CUUAAGCAGCUUCUGUACUGAACGGAUAUGACUCGUUUGCUGAGUAUGCAAAAAUAUUGGUUAGGUGUGUUUUGCUUGUAGAAGUGAUAAGCAUAUGUUCUUGCCGUCCACUUUGCACUAAAGCAGAAAAUAACGUCGCGGGACAUUAAAAGAGCAAUCUGACAAACGAAGAUUAAAAACUUGUGAACGGUUUUGUCAAGUCAUUGAUGAACAGUACAUCAUUGUGCUAAGAAUUUACCUAUUAAACUUUACGUGGGACAUUUCUUUGGUGUUCUUUUCUAAACCAUCUUAGUUUUCCCCGUCAUAAAUCUAUAAAGUUUUUAAAAUGUCGCCUGGAGUUGAAAAUGGUGGCAAUGGAAGCCUUUGGUUUUCUGAAGAAAAGAAUAGGCCUAGUAAGACGACUGCUCGAUUCUCGCUUCGUAAUUGGUUGUUUCGUCGUGAUGAAAAGAAGAAAGGAUUUGGUCUGCCUAAGUCAAAAUCUGUAGAAGAAGGUUAUGAAGGAAAGAAACUAGUUCCUAAGUCAAAAUCUUGUGACAGUGGUGUCGCUGCCUAUCUGAUUUCACCAAAGAACAAAGAGACUUGCAAAUCCUCAUCAGUGAUUAUGAAAAAGGUACCUUCUAUGAUAAAAAAAUCCUCAACACCUUGUGGUCGGGAGUGUUUAAAAGUACCGUCUGCAACCAAAAUGUUAAAGACAUCGUUUAGUAGUGGUGAUAUUUGUAAGUCUUGGUCCUCACCCAAGAUAGGUCAGUGUUCAGGACUUAAGAUUACUAAAUGUACUAGUCAGCAUAACAUAAAGCCUAAGAAUUUUGGCUUAUAUUCUGGUCGAAUUCACCCUCUCAAGGAAACACUUUCAGUGUCAGAUUUAUUUCUUCAAGCAGCAGCAAGUAGCCAGGAUUUGUCAGCUAUUUCUCUACAGAAAGUAUCAUUUGGAAGAGAUUCAAAUCCAGUAGACAGUAAUGUAAUUCACCAACUAGUACUUUGUAAACUGUGUUUAAUGAUGGUUCCCCAGGGGGCACUGUACCAACUUAAAGAAUGUGGAUGUUCUUUCUGUGAAAUGUGUCUACAACAGUACUUGACUGUCAAUAUACAAGAUGGGAACGUGGUCAUUACUUGCCCUGAUGGAGAAUGUGGGAAAGAAGCCAAGAUUCUAGUUUCUGAGGUUGAAAAGUUGGUGAAUGCAGACGUGUUUGAUCAAUUCAAAAGGUUUAAACUAAACAGGGAGAUAGAGCUGGAUCCCACAAGAGCCUGGUGCCCUAGUGUGAAUUGUGAGACAAUAUGCUAUGUUAGGCCUGCCAUCAAGGGUGAAGAAUGGGUGGCUGUUUUCUGCCCUAAGUGUGGCUUGACAUUUUGUUCUGUCUGUAAAGAGAAAUGGCACCCAUCUAAAACAUGUGAUGAAGUAAGAAAAGAUGUGUUAGAGGAGGAAGACUUCCUUCUGUGGGAUGCGGAAAAUGGCAACAUUAAACGCUGUCCUAACUGUCAUAUUUUGAUAGAGCGAGAUGAAGGAUGUGCUCAAAUGAUGUGUAAACGAUGUAAACAUGUCUUCUGUUGGUACUGCUUAACAUCACUGGACGAUGACUUUCUUCUGAGACAUUAUGAUAAAGGACCUUGUAAGAACAAACUUGGACAUACCAGAGCAUCUGUUGUAUGGCAUAGAACUCAGGUGGUGUGUAUCUUUGCUGGGUUUGGGUUUCUUCUCCUUGUAGCGUCACCACUGUUGUUACUCGGAGCUCCAUGUUUUCUAUGCUGUCAGUGUAAACAGUGUAAACUUUCUGAUGAGGAACCUACAGCUGUAUAGAACUGUCUUGAGUGACUGUUCAGUGACACUUUUGAGGAAGACUUCUUCUUUUCCCCCUGAAAUGAGUGAAAUGCACAAGGUCAGUGACAUGGCCUUCUUGGACAGAUGAGGUGAAUAUUUUAAGGUGUUUGUUCAAAGAUGCGUAGAUGAACUGAAACUGCUACUUUGAAACUAAAUGAAGAAGCAUGAGCUAAUAAAGAAGUUUUGAAGAAAUACCUGUACAUCUACAUUUUAAAGAUAAGGAAUGGUUAGAAACCUUUCCAAGAAUUGACAGGGUGAAAUAUACAGUUUAUAAUACUGAAACGGAUGUAUUGGUCAGAUGUUGUUUUUGAAAAUUGUACCACACCAAAGUGUAAGCAGAAUAGUUUGAGAUUUUUUUUAUAUAAUACUUCUGACCAGUGAGAAGGUUACGUUAUACCUACUUUCUUACUUCAAUGGCUUGUUUCAGGUUAGAUGGUUCCAGAUGAACUGUGAAGCAUCUAUUGAUAUAAUGCCUUGCAUUGUUAAUAACCUAUACCAUUAUGUAGUUCAGUUUAUAUUUUGUCUGCUUUAACAUGUGAUGAUACAUGGUAACUAGUGUCUUAUCUUUUACACAACCUAUAAGGUUUGUGUGAAAGUGGCCUUUGGAAAGUACACUGUACAAUUUUCAAAUGGACACUUUUUCCUGUUAAAACUAGUAGAUUAAAAAAAAAUGAUAUAUUAUUGACAAUGUUUUUCACUGCAUACUUUGUUCAAGAACAAGGCUAAAGUUUUUGCUGCUAAUAAAAAAAGGGCAGUGUUUUUGAUGUAUUAUUUAUAUUUCUUAGCUUUGCUCUGAAUUUUUAAGUCCAAUCACAGGAAAAGAAACAAUACUCAUUGGUAAUAAUUAACAACACUUGUCUUGAGGUGGGGAAUUUGAUUUUCAAGUUACAGGGUUAGUUGCUAGUGUUUACUUUCAGUGAAGGAAGAAAUGUUAUUUUGUGAAACUGUCAGUUUCAAGACUGUGGAACUUCAGCCCAUUUCAUUAGGGAGAAUAUUUUAUGAAUUUCUGUAAGACUUGUAUUUUAGUUCAAGGAUAAAACAUUUUGGAACAUCAUAUUAGGCUACAAAAUUGUAAUCAGGAGUGUAUAUAUUGGAACUAUUGCUGUCAGAUUUAAGUUGGAAAUGAAAGUAUUUUAGAAUUAUUGGGAAGAUCAGGUUCUAGUGGAGGAGAGAAUGUUAGAACUAUUGUCUGUUUGCUCUAGUUCUGGUUCUAGUUUAGGAUUUUGGCAUCUUGGAGCUGUUGUGAGGACCCUCUGGUUCUAGUUUAGGAUUUCAGCAUCUUGGACCUGUUGUGAGGACCCUCUGGUUCUAGUUUAGGAUUUCGGCAUCUUGGACCUGUUGUGAGGACCCUCUGGUUCUAGUUUAGGAUUUCGGCAUCUUGAACCUGUUGUGAGGACCCUUUGGUUCUAGUUUAGGAUUUCGGUAUCUUAAACCUGUUGUGAGGACCCUUUGGUUCUAGUUUAGGAUUUCGGCAUCUUGGACCUGUUGUGAGGACCCUUUGGUUCUAGUUUAGGAUUU